ACAAAGAAAACCACUGAGAGAGGUAAAGAAAGAGAGGGAGGAGAGAGGGAUAAAAAGAGAGAAGAGAGACAGACAUUGAAGGCGUUGUAGAGAGACGUACAGAGAGGUUUAGAGGGAAGAUUUUCAGACAGAAGAGAGACAAAAAGGAGGCAAAUCUAAAAUACAGGAACAAAGGAGAAAAAGAAACCCAUCAAGGGGGAAAGCAAAGGGAAGGAGUGCAGAAACCUACACGCUAAGGAAAGGCGGGAUAGAGUGAGCGAGAGAGACUAAGACCCUAAGACCAAGGCAUCCUUGGCCCAUCAACCAAAGAGAAGGAUGCAUGCUUGCCUACCACUAGGCUGCCUGGUUUUUGCCGUUAUGGGCCACUUCCUGGUUUCCACUCACAUGAUCCUUGAAGAUGCGCUCCCCGAUAGAAAAACCACAUCUAAUCCACUGAUGCCAGUGAACGUUUCAGACUCCCCACCCAUUGUCAUUGUAGAGUUACCCAGAGCAAUGACGAAGAACAAAAAAGCAAAAAAGCAAAUAAAGAACAAGUUGAGCGUCAAGAAGCAUCCCCCGCCUCCCCCUAACUGCGUGCCUUUAUGGGGCAGCUGUAAAUCUCCAGACAAUGUGUGCUGCGAGUACUGUGCCUUUUGCCAGUGUCGGCUCUUCAAAACCGUCUGUUACUGCCGAAUGGGCAACCCGCGUUGCUGAAUACCCAG